GACAUGAAAGAGAUGGCGACUCGUUACCAGGAGCUGGCAAUAGCUUUUGACUCCAGCAAUUUAACAAACAAACAACUCAAUGCAGAGAUAGAGGAAUUGAAACAGCAGAACCAAGAAGCUGUGAAUGAGUUGGAGAAGGAGAAGAAGGGCUUUGAGCAGAGGUUUGCGAAGGAGCAAGCCACCCUACGAGAACAAUUACAGGUCCACAUCCAGACCAUUGGCAUCCUGGUCUCUGAGAAGUCCGAAUUGCAGACAGCCCUCAGCCACACACAGCAGGCCGCCCGACACAAAACAGGGGAAGCUGAGGACCUGGCCGCCCGGCUGCAAUCAUCCCGCCAGAGGGUCUCAGAAGUAGAAUACACCCUCUCCUCCCUCUCCAUUCAGCAGAAGCAGACAGAGAAACACAACAAAGAGCUAGCAAAGGAACGAGAUAACCUCAAACUGGAAAUGUAUAAGCAGGGUAAAACCAACGAAGAACUCAAACAGCAGACUUCGGAAUUGUCCGAGAAACUGCGCAACCUGAUCUCUGAAAAUUCAGCCAUGAAACUGGAUGUGGAAGAUUUGCACAAGAAACUGGAAAUGGCAGAACUGGUGAUUCAGCAGUUUUCAAGCCAGCCAGGGAUCUCGGAUGCUACUGCUCAGCAGUUGCAGGCCGCACUGGAGGAAAGAGCCAACUUAGAAAGCCAAAUAGCCCAGCUGUCAGAAUCCUUGCAGAAACUGCAGGCUGAACGAGAUCAAUACGUCCUGCGUCUGAAGGAGGAAGGGAACAUCUGGCAGCAGCGGGUUGAGCUCCUCUCCGAGCAGGUCCGGACUCUGAUGGGAGAGAAAGAAGUCAGUGAGACUCGGAUCGGGGAGCUGGAGACGAACCUCUCAGAGCUGCUCAGCAGUCAGUCAGGGGUGAAAGCCCAGGAAACUCCGCCUGCUCCUGCCGCCACCCCGGGGCCCUCGCCAACGGAAGCCCACCUUCGAGAGGAGUUGGCUCAACUGGAGAAGGAGAAGGAGGAGCUGCUCGACCGAUGGCAGACCCAGGUGCGAGACAACGGGCAGCUUAGCCAGCUCAACCAGGAGCAGGAGGAGCGGCUCCAAGAGCUGGAGAAGACCUUACAGCGCUACAGCGAGGAGGACGUGGACAAGCAGCAGAUCCUGGAGAACAUGCAGAGCGACAAAGCUACCAUCAGCCGGGCCUUGACGCAGAACCGGGAGCUGAAGGAGCAGCUGGCGGAGCUGCAGAACGGAUUCGUCAAACUGACCAACGAGAACAUGGAGAUCACGAACGCCUUGCAGUCUGAACAGCACGUGAAGAAGCAGCUGGCCAAGAAAUUGGGUGAACUCCAGGAGAAGCUGGUGGACUUUAAGGAGAAGAUGGAUCAGAAGACCCACGAAGCUCAGGACUUCCAGGACCAGAGGGAUCAGUAUUUGGCCCACCUCCAGCAGUACAUCGCAGCCUAUCAGCUACUCACCGUUGAGAAGGAGGAGCUACACAAGAAGUACCUCCUGCAGACCCAGCUCAUGGACCGACUGCAGCACGAGGAAGUUCAAGGCAAGGUGAAUGCUGAGAUGCACUUCAAAGAGCUUCAGAAAGCUAAGAAAACCCUGGAAUCCUUUUCUAAGGAGAACAAGGAGCUCCAAGCCCAGGUCACCCAACUCAUGGCCGAACUGGACGAAAGGAUGCUGCCCAGGGCCCAAGGGGAUGGCGUGGAAGCAGCCGAGUUCGUGGACUCGAGGACUUCUCAGCUCAGCAUUCCGGAGGAUUUUGAGAGUAAAGAGGAAAUGGUGGCUUUCUUGACCUCCGCCGUGUCCCAAGCGGAGGGCGAGCGCGAAGAGAUCAGACACCAGCUGAUGGAAAAGAAAAAGCAGUGCAGGGAGCUAUUGCAGCAGAUCGCUAGCCUCAAGAAGGAGCAUCAGCUGCAGCUCACAUCCACAGGAGGCUCCGAUGCUGAUUGGGUUCCAGGAGAGGUUCACGAAGCCUUAAAAAGCGCCAUGGAGAAGCUGCAGCUCCGAUUCACGGACCUGAUGCGCGAGAAGGCAGAGCUGAAAGAGCGCGUGGAAGAACUGGAGCACCACUGUAUCCAGCUGUCCGGAGAAACAGACACCAUAGGUGAAUACAUUGCCCUGUACCAGAGUCAACGAGCAAUUCUCAAACAGCGCCACCGGGAAAAAGAAGACUACAUCAACCGCCUGGCUCAAGACAAGGAGGACAUGAAGAUGAAGUUACAGGAGCUGCACGAACUGGUGAUGCGCUUGGUGGGCGAACGGAACGAUUGGUACACCAAGUACAUGAUAGCCACACAGGCUGGGGAGCUCCAGCCCGGGCCCGAGAGGGAGGCCGGCGCUCAGGCAGAUGGCGUCUUCGAACCCAACGCUCCCAAGGUGGCAGACCUGCGAGAAGUGAACCUGGCGGACGAGGCCGAACUGGACGCCGUCCCUUCACAAUCCCACCCAUCCCAUGGCGACCCCCAGGGCCCCCAGCCCGCUCCUCGGGACCCCACGGCCCAGCAGAUCCUGCGGCUCCUCCGCGAGAUCCAAAACCCGCAGAAUCGGGCGGGACCCCUCUCGGAAACCCCGUGCAUCCCCUUUUUCUAUCGGGUGGACGAAAACGACGAAGUGAAACUCCUGGUGGUUUAAGCGGGAAGGGGACGUCAAGGGCUCCAGGGGAGUCGGGUGGGGUGGCCGGACUGCCUCGAGGGCACGUCUUGGGCGGGCCUGGGUGGGCCACGCUUUUUGUGCUGGCUGCGAUUCACGCCAUCCUCCAGUAAAGCUCAGAGUUUUACGCCACCCAACCGCCCAUUGGUUCCUCCCAUUCACGGCCUGCGAAGUUUAAUUCUCUCUACCAACGGUUGCGUAGCCUCUUCCCACCUUCGGUUAUUUCGGCUUUCUUUAGAUCCGAUUUUACGCCCUUCUAACUCUCCCUUUUAACUCGCACGAUCCACUUCGAACCUUAUCCGCCCUCUGUCCUUGCCCCUCCCAAGAGUUAGCCGGCUGCCUUUCUAGCGAAACACCGUCUCUUCCCCCUUAUCCCAAAUCCCCUUGUUCAGUUACCAAGUUUGGAGGGUCUCCAGGUCUGCUUGGAGCCGGACGGUUUUUUGCGGGGAGGGGAAUAAAAGCUGCAUUUUUUGUGUGUUUUUUUAAAACUGGACGUACGUUUGCAUUAAGAGGUGGAGGGUUUUAUUUAUUCUUUAAAGAUGCGGAAGGCGAGCUUGGAAAAAGGAAUAGACUUGGGGGGAAUUGAUUCCAUCUCUCUCUCUUGCACGGAAUCUUUUUCCUCCUGGGUCGAGCCAAGCUUAUUUCAACUGUCUAGAUACUUUUAAAUAUAUUUUGAUGGUUGUCGGUUUCUCUCUUCUCCAUGUGGAGCUAGACGAAGAAUUCACUUUAUUGUGAGAGAGUGAAGCAGUGAAGCGGUUUGGUUGAAGUUGGUGGUGACUUGGUGUGCGUGGCGCAAGAUCCCGUUUUAGAAGGACAACGGCACGUGUAACCAAAAAGAAAGAAAGGAUUAGGAGGCGACCCAGAGGUCUAGAUUUUAGCGCGGGUUUCUGCUUCCAGGAAAGAGACACCGGUGAAGUUGCGUUUUCCUCCUGGGACAGCUUGCUAGGAAAGAGCCUAACUAAAGCACAGAGGGGAGUUUGAAAACCAUAAGAAAUUUCCGCUCCAAUUUUUUCUAGCAAAACCGCACGUAGACUACCCACCCUCUUUCCAGGUUGUAAGGCAGAAGGAACUGGACCACCAAAAAACGACAACACCCCUAAAACCUGGACAAUUUCCCACCAUCAGUGUUACAAUUCUUCCCUCGGUACAUGUUAGGUCAGGAGGCUGGCGAAAGUGGGCUUGCGAGCCGCUGUUGGCACAAGUGUACAUAUUGUAUGUGUGUAAUAUUUUGUACAUACCUUGAAUAAUAAUAAUAAUAAAAAGAGAGAGAAUAAAGCCACGGGCAGCAUUUUUCUGGCUGCCGGGAGGCUACCCUAGUAAUCUUGUAUGAUAUUUGGAAAAAUAAAAUAAGAAAUUAACUUUAGUUGAUGUGGGAGGGGCAAAGCAGGACAGGAAUGUGAUUUACUUUAGAAUAUUAUUCCAUAUUUAUUAGGUGUGGGGUUUCCAGGGGGAAAUGGGAAAAGCAAAGCAAAAGAAGGAAACAAAGUGAACUCACGCGUUCUGUUGCCGAGACAAAUUAUAUCCUGUUAUUAAAGAAAUUGAUCUUUCUGAAUAAAUCUGUUUCACUUCA